UCAGCCUCGUCAUGCCUCCGCUCUGCCUCAGAGCAUCCACACGGCCGUCUGCUGCCUCAGCCUCGUCAUGCCUCCGCUCUGCCUCAGAGCAUCCACACGGCCGUCUGCUGCCUCAGCCUCGUCAUGCCUCCGCUCUGCCUCAGAGCAUCCACACGGCCGUCUGCUGGCACAGGCCCAGCAUGGUUGCCAAGCACCGCCAAUCUUGUCAGCCUCCUGUGUCUCAUGCUGUGGGUGUAGAUGGAGCCUAGAAAGGGGGCAUUUUGUCUCUUUGGUAGCCUUUUGUCACUGCCCAGUCCAAUCCCUCCAAAGAGUGCCCCCUGGAGGCCUCUAGGCUGAUGCCAAGUCAUCUUCUGCAUCUCCUCCAGUGAGAUGGCUCCUUCUCCGAGAUUGACGUCAGAAGCCCUGCAUCAGGGCCUUCCUUAACCUGAUCCACCGAUGUUCUGCCCAACAGGGAUCUCCCCCGGGGUUAACAUCUCCUUCAUCAAGGGGGCGGCGGUCGUGCUGGUUGGCACAGAGGUGCAGAUGAUGUGUCACUCGUGGUCUGGAAGCCAGGGACCCCCCAAAUGGUACCGGCUGACUCCACAUGACGGGCCCAUAGUCAUGUCAGGCGACGUCCUGAAUCUGCAUAAUGUGACAGUGGAAGAUUCCGGAAGCUAUGCCUGUACCUACACUACAAUCCUUGAUGGCAGCCAGCCCGUUAACCUGACAGUGAUCGAGGUGCUCCCCCCCGUCACGGUGGCUGCCACACCCAGCAUUCUCUUCGUGUUCGAGGGCCAGACGCUCACGCUGAGGUGCCUGUCAGCCUCAGGGGUCGCCGUCUCUCCUCUCGUGGUCUGGAGCUGGGAGAGACUGGGUGUCAACGCCUCAGAGAGCGUGGGUUCGGGCCAGGAGCUGAGCCUGAGCACCAUGGGGCAGAGCGGCAACUACCACUGCCAGGCACACCUGUCCUUGGAGGGCAUCAAGCAGCUGCAGACCAGCGAGGUCCACGCAGUGCACAUCCUCCCCCAGCCAGGUGAUCCUGCAGGGCUUCUAACCAUCGGCAUUGCAGCGUUUGCCCUGGUCCUGCUGGCCUGGACCAUCCUGCUCCUGAUACUUCUGUACCUCUACGUGGGACGGGCUAAAGCGAGCAAGGCCCUGACGCAGAUGGACAGACAAGCGCCCCCUGGAGGUCUGCCGGAGUCUCUGACCUGCAUACAGACAGUGCAAGGGCCGAUGGCAGGAGGAGACAUUUACAUAAACUGCAAAGAACUGGCGGAGACCUACUGUGACCUGAACCCCUCCAGGAUGGAGAAGGAGAACUUCUACGGCAAACUGACCUGAGAGUCACGGCUGACGGCCCCCCGGAUCUGGCACAGCGCCGCUGCCGAAGCAGCCAAGCCGUGUUACUGCAGAGCUGGAAGCCAAAGCGCUUUGCUCCGUCCCUCCCUG